CCUCGUCUUUUGAUGUUUUAUUCGGAAACCACAACAAUGGGCAAAUGGGCGGUGUCCGCAUUAACGUCAUCUUCCAACAUCAUGCCCAACCUUAAUCAGGUAGCCCAAGUCCGAAUUGUGGCCCACCGCUCUGUCAAAAUGUUCUUUUCAACAUUUACAACUUCAUACCACCACGGCAACAGCUGGAUCUGUAUGCCUUCACCCAUUGCACGCCAGAGAAAAGGUCUUUGAGAACGCUCGAAGCAAAAUGGCGAUCUCCCGACCGAAACGAUCACUGGCUCGCCGGGCCGUCGCCUUUGUGAAAAAACUCAUUCACAAGCAUCCAAUUCCUGAUCCGUCUCUGCCCGUCCCCACAGCAACACAGGCAGCGUCCCAACCAGACAAGAAAACCAUCCUGAAGCACCCAGCAAAGAAGGACUUCCUGAAACAGAUUGUGCCCGAGACGAUUGGGGACUGCCCGUUGCCAUCCUUUGAUCCCGGCAUCUUUCACAGUGAACUGCUAGAUCUCAAGCUGUACCCUAAGGUCGAUCCCAAUGACCCCAAGAACAUCAAAGAGCCAGAAGGGAAUGUCCGUGAAGGAACAUAUCUGGGUACGCAUCUCGCCUUGACUCAGGCGUAUGAGCGUGUUGAACAAACGUUCAACUCCCUCUUUGACGUUCUUGGUAUUGAACCCACCUUUCCUAGAUACGUCUCACUUGAGCAGCAAAGGAAAAUCUACCAGUUCACGCCAUAUCCCAACAACGCCGAUGGAACUCCUGCCGAGUUCCCACCUCAUCUCCAGCAUAUCCCUGUGGAUCAGAACCACACGGUCUUUGGCGUCUUCAACAAUGCCGGUCUGCUCGAAACAGCAGUCAUCUUGCAGAAACUUAUCCCGGAUGAAGAUGGAUUUCUUGGACGGACGAAGCAGUGGUUGCUGGAAAAGGCUCGCGCUGCUGCGUAUGGAGGCGAACCGGAGAAGGGCAUCACCAUCCAGGACGUCGAGGACUAUAACAGAUUUCAUCGCAAGAUAGGCACCGAUAUUGCCAACGGCGGCAACAUUGGCCUUUUGGACGACUGGUACAGCGACCGCCGCUUCGCCGAACAGCAGUUCACCGGUACCAACCCCACGACCAUCACGCAAGCGGGGAAGCAAUGGAUCGGCGAGUUCUUGACAGCGGCGAGAAUCGGUGGCUACAACGAAUGGAUCUCAGCCCUGGAGGCCGCUGACCCGGCAUCUUUCUUCGUCCAAGACGGGAGUUACUUCCGCAACGCUGUUGGCGUCUCCGACUCGUCCGCCGUCCUCCACCACAAGCAGCCCGGCAGCGACGACAACUGGUGCGUCGGUGCCGUCAGCCUCUUCCAGCUGCACGACGACGGCAAGCUUCACCCGGUCGCCAUCUGCAUCGACUACCGCGGAACCAUGGAGCAAUCCGUGACCCUCUUCAACAAGCGCCUGACCCCUCGCGACUCGACCCGGACCGAGAAGACCGACUGGCCCUGGCGCUACGCCAAGACCUGCGCCCAAGUGACCGACUGGAUGCGGCACGAGCUGACCGUCCACCUCACACUCGCCCACCUGGUCGAGGAAGCCAUCAUCGUCGGCACCAACCGGUCCUUACCCAUGGAACACCCCGUCUACCGCCUCCUCUCGCCACACUGGUACAAGACGCUUUCCGUCAACGCCGCGGCCCGCGCCACGCUCGUCCCGCAAGUUAUCGUCGACAUCGUCGGCAUCUCGCCCGAGCAAUGCCACUCAUUCAUCCGCCACGCUUACGACACUUACGACUUCGUAGCGCAUUACGUCCCCAACGACCUGGCACGCCGCGGUUUCCCGAACACAGCCGAGGGUUUGUCCUCCUCCACCAGAUACAGGAACUACGCCUACGCGAAGGACGUCCUAGCCCUCUGGACCGUGUUACGGUCCUACGUCUCGGAAAUGCUCGCCCUCUCUUAUCCCUCUGACGAGUCCGUGGCGCAGGAUCGAUACAUCCAGUCCUGGUGCACCGAAAUGCGCCAAGGAGGCGCGCACAUGUCCUCUUUCCCCGAGAUCAAAAACCUCAACUCCCUAACAGACGCAAUAACAAUGUGCAUCCACACCGCCACCUCCUUUCACUCGGCCGUCAACUACCUCCAAAACUUCUACCAAGCUUUUGUAAUUGCCAAACCACCUAUGCUCUGCACCGCUCCGCCCACCUCCCUUUCGGUCCUACAACAGUUCAAAGAACACGACCUCGUUGCUUCCUUACCUAUCAACCGCCAGCGCCAAUGGCUUUUAUCAGCGCAGGUACCGUGGUUGCUAAGCUUCAGAGCGCCGCAGGAUCGAAGCCUGUUGAAUUACGCGGCGAGUAUGUGGCGGGUUUAUAAGACGAAGAAGGGCAGGAGGGAGAAGAUGGUUGCUGAGGCUAGUGAGAGAUUGUAUGCGAGGUUGAGGGAGACGCAGACGACGGUGUGGGAGAAUUCGAGGGCGAUGGAGAAGGGGAGUUUGCCGUAUAUGGUGCUGGAUCCGGGGAAUACGGCGGUCUCGAUUUUGAUUUGAUUGGGGUGGAGGUUGUUUGCUUUUUGUUGUCUUUUUUUUUCGUUGGGUUUUCUUCUUUUUCUUGUCUUUGAAGUUGCUUACGAUGCUUUCUAAUCUUGAUGAGAUACGACGAUGACGAACAUAGAGAGGAAGAUCUUGGGAUCACAAUGGGAGGAUUUUUUUUUGGUUGAGCAGUUGGAGAGGUUGUCUGUUUUCCGUUUUUUUGUAUACCGCUUUGAGUUUUCGCGAGACAGAAAAGGUGUUGGUCACCACUCCAUAUAGUUGUCAUAUCGUCAUAAUCUAAUCAUUAGUUGUUACUUGUGCAAGAAGCAGCC